UGCCCUGCGAUGGGUUGGCACCUUGUCCAGUGCGUCCCCCACCUUGUGCACAGAGUUCCCUGGGAUAGGCUGCAGGCUCCCCAUGACCCUGUAUGGGAUAAGCGGUAUAAAAAAUGGAUGUAUGGAUGGAUGAAUAAGAAUGCUACAAGUAAUAUUUUAAAUGUGUCCGUGAGGAUAAAACAAAAGGCCUUAACCAAUAACAAUAUGUGUCCCAGAUUCCCAAACAUGCCAUGUUUUUUGGUCAGUUUUGACAUAAGGGUGAACUGUGCUUCUUUAUAAUAUAAAACAAACCAAUUGUUCUCCAAGUAUGGUGCAUGAAGCAUAGUCAGGUGGUCUGUACUGUCUUUAUAUUGUUACAGUGGUUUAAAUCACAACCCGCCAUCAUUUUUUAUUGUCUUAUACGGCAAUAACUCAAAAACAAGUAGACUUGUAAACAAUAUCAACUUGGACCUACUGUUUUGUGUCAGUGGAAAAUUCAGGAAUUAAAAGCUCUGUGGCUCUAAUAAUAAAUAGCCAAAAUAUUAUUCAGAUUUAAAUGAUAAGCCGGAUACAAAUAUGAAUAGUUCCUAAAAAGAUUACGUUCAUAAAAUAAAUCCGUACUGAGGAGCUCUGUGAAUUGAUGUUACAAUUAAAAGUGUUUACAUAAAGUUUCUCAUCUUUCCCAUGUAGAUAGUCAACACCUUGAGGAUCAUAUGGAGUGUUUAGUUUUACUCAUGGCAAAGAAGCUUGGACAAAGUGGAGAUACAAAAACAUGUACAGAACAGCCCAUACAUUAUCAUAUGUUAUUGCUGAGAAAUAGAUCCGGAAUAAAGCAAAAAACACGCCUAUGCUGGACUUUUAAAUGUUGCAUGUCUGCGUGUCAUUUUGCACACCAGUGGAACUUCAGAGGAGAAGUUGAGCAGCCGUGACGUCACAUCAUCCUACCGUCCGUGCUGCCUGCCUGACCAAUGGGAGAAUAGCGUGAGCUCUGCUCACCCCUUCCUCGCCCCUGAUUAGCUGAACAUGAAUCUAGGAGGCGGGACUCGAGCGUCUGCAAACCAGGAGAAGAUCCGCUUCUUCAUUAGCAUAAAUUAUUCAGCAUCCUCUAUUCAGUCUCGAGACUGCACCUGGACUUAUCAUAUACCAGUUUGAAAACUCUUAAUGAGGUUUUUACCAUGGUGGUCAUUUAUUAUUAUUUUUUAAAUUUUUUUUUAGCUAUAUACUAAUGAACUAAAACUUACAAAUUGAAUAUUUUUAGACCUGUGGCUAUAACUGAAAGAACUUGCGCUAUCUUUCUUGCAACUUUUGCACGUGAAGCUGUUAUUCUCCCUCUUUUCUUUUUAUUAUUAUUAUUAUUAUUAUCAUUAUUAUUAUUAUUAUUAUUAUUUUAUUUAUUUUUUUUAUUUUAUUUUUUUGUAUUGUUUGAAAUCAUGUGGACUUUUUUGGGAAUAGCGAGCUUCACAUACGUGUACAAAAAAUGCGACGUGUUUGUGUUUCUGCUGCCGAGAACUGCAGUUGUUUUCCUGGCAGUGGGAGCAAUACUCACCUUCUUCAGGUACUGGGGUCUAAAAACCCCCCAAAUAUUACAGUUACCGCUGGAAAUCUUCUCAAUUCUGCCUUUCACUAAUAAAAUCAUCCACAAGUUAGACAUUUAUCAAAGAAACAACGCAGCAGGGGCGAACAAAGAGGGAGGCACCAGGAGGAAGCGCGUAAGAACCGAUGAAGAAGCAGUGCAUGCAGAAAGUACCUCAGAGUGUGCAUGGUCUGCUGAUCAGGAGACAGACGUCAUCAUCGUGGGUGCCGGCGUGCUGGGUUCUGCCUUGGCGGCCGUGUUGGCACGAGAUGGCAGGAAGGUUACCGUAGUGGAGCGAGAUCUUCGCGAGCCAGACAGAAUCGUGGGAGAACUUUUGCAGCCAGGUGGCUAUCGGGCUCUCAGAGAGCUGGGGCUGGAGGGUGCAGCAGAGGGCAUGGAUGCUCAUGUGAUCAGUGGGUAUGUAGUCCACGACACAGAGAGUCUCUCAGAGGUGGAGAUCCCUUACCCACAAGACGAGUGUGGCGUUCAGAGCGGCCGAGCCUUCCACCACGGUCGCUUUAUUACAGGCCUGCGACGUGCUGCUCUUGACGAACCCAAUGUGAAGUUUGUGGAGGGCACAGUAACCAGUCUGCAGGAGGAGGACGACUGUGUGACGGGAGUUCAGUAUCGUGAGAAGGACACUGGGAAAAUCAAGGAGAUGCAUGCUCCUCUGACGGUAGUCGCUGAUGGCUGUUUCUCCAAGUUCCGUAAGAGCCUCAUUUCUGGAAAAGUCAAGAUCUCCUCACAUUUUGUUGGCUGCUUAAUGAAGGAUUGUCCUCAGUUUAAUUCCAAUCACGCAGAGCUGGUGCUGGCAAACCCCAGUCCAAUCCUGAUCUACCAGAUCUCCUCCAAUGAGACCAGAAUUUUAGUGGACAUCAGGGGAGAGAUGCCCCGAGACCUGUCAGCAUACAUGGUGGAGAAGAUUUAUCCUCAGCUACCAAGGCAUUUACAGGAGCCGUUUAUUCUCGCUCUGCAGAAUGACCGUCUGAGGACGAUGCCCGCAAGCUUCCUGCCACCUUCACCAGUCAACAAACCAGGAGUCCUGCUUCUGGGAGACGCCUACAACAUGAGGCAUCCUCUGACCGGAGGAGGGAUGAGUGUAGUGCUCAACGAUGUCCGCAUCUGGAGAGAGCUGCUCAGGAACAUUCCAGAUCUGUAUGAUGACAAUGCCAUGCUUCAGGCAAAGAAGAAAUUCUAUUGGGAGCGCAAGUCAUCACACUCAUUCGUGGUGAACGUGCUGGCUCAAGCUCUUUACGAGCUCUUCGCAGCAACAGACAGUUCUCUGCACCAGUUAAGAAGAGCCUGCUUCCAGUACUUCAAACUGGGUGGAGAAUGUGUCAGUGGGCCAAUAGGUCUGCUGUCUGUGUUAACGCCAAAGCCCAUGACUCUGAUUGGACACUUUUUUGCUGUGGCCUUGUACGCCACCUAUUUCACGUUCAAGUCGGAGUCGUGGCUGAUGAAACCAAGGGCCUUGGUGAACAGUGGAACAAUUCUUUACCGUGCCUGUGCCAUUAUAUUCCCCCUCAUCUAUUCAGAGCUGAAACACCUGGUGUACUGAACCACACUAACAGACAUGUGGCCAACCUAAAGACUGCAAUCGGACACAAAGGAAAGCACUUAAUAGCACGGAGUGCUCCAAGAAAUGAACCAGCCGUGCCUUUCACCAUCACGCAUAUCUACAUUUCUAAACCUCAAAUCUGGCUAUUCAUAACGGUACAGUAUAAAGAGCUUGUAUCAUACAUCAAUGCGAUGAUUGCCUUUAAAGAACUUUGAAUUGGGUGUAUUCGUCACUGUUCUUUUAUGCAUUUAGUUCUUAAAAAGCAAGUUGGAAGAAAUCAAGGCCCUGAUUUUUUUUAAACCAGUGCACUGCCACAGCUGUGGAAUUCUUCAUCUAAAGGAAAUAGUGGAGGAAACGUCACAUACGUUCACUGUUUUUACUUGUGCCCUUAACACUGCAAUUUUUCCAGCGGUCAUGAACCAUCUGAGGGAAAACCUUCAUACAAGCUGUGAGAUUAUAUGUAUAUAUAUAUAUAUAAAAUAUAUUUUUUUGUGUAUAUAGAUUUUGAAUGCAUUUGAAGCACCGUGUACACUUGGGAAACUGGAUCACUCGUACCUUUCCCUUUGGAGUCAAAUCCAAGCAACCUCCACCUCACCUGUUUGUUUCCAGAAUUAAUUCACCUUUGAAUAAAUAAAACCUUUUCAAUGAUCUUCAUAA